UUACCAUAGCGCCCCCUAUCGCUCACCUGGCGCCGCCACUGUUUUUCUGCCUCAUUGUUUUCUUUAUACUCUAAGAAAUUAAUAUUGUUCUGGUAUAAUAAGUUGUACUUUUUGUUUUUAAUUUUACUUUAGGAUGCGAGAAAAAUGUUCAGAAAGUUUCUUCAGAGUCUUCUGAAGAACAUCUGCAGCCGUUUAAGGACAAGAUGGAAGUUUUUGUUCUAACUGCUCGAAAGGAGCAUGCAGAAGCUUCCUAUCAGCUGAUGACUGUGCAAAAAACUUUUCAGGAUGUUGCUCUGUACUUCGGACUCAAACCCAAACCCGGAGAGAAGGAGGUGACGACGGGUCACCUCUUCAUGCUGUGGUUUGAGUUCAGCGCCGACUUCAAGGCCCGAUGGAAGAGGGAGAACAAAAACAUCUCAAAAGAAAGAUUAAAAGAGGCUCAGCUGACAGUGAAGAGGAUCACUGGAGAGAAGAAAGUAGAAACGAGGAAGAUAAACCCCAACAGUCUGAAGGAGCGGCUGCGCCAGAAAGAAGCUCAAGUUACUUCACCUUAAAAAUGAAAACUUUUGGCUCCUGAUAUUUAAACAUCCCCAGAAAUCUGGAGCUGAUUCAAAGAGACCAGAACAUUUUCAUCAGCCGACCAAAAUGUUUGUUCUUUAAUGUAAUUUAAGUAUUAAAAAUGUG